AUGUCAUCGUCGUCCGUAUCUGAUGGAAUUCUCAAAUUUGCUACACAAUACUCGAUUUAUAGUGGUUUUAUUAUAUUUAGUUUUGGAGUUAUUGGUAAUGUGUUGAAUCUUCUCGUUUUUACUCAAUUGAAACAAUUUCGAACUAAUCGAUGUGCAUUCUAUAUAACUAUUGAAUCAAUUUCCAACUUCAUUUAUCAGUUUUCAUUACUUAGCACAACCAUGUUAACAUCAAUAUAUGGAGAUGAUGCUACAGGACGUUCUUUCAUUUGGUGUAAAUUAAGAUAUAUAUUGGGACAAAUAUGUACGCUCACUACAAUUUAUAUGAUAUGCUUCACUGUUGUUGAUCAAUUCUUUUCGACCAAUCAUCGUUUUAAUUUAAGACAAAUGUGUACAUUGAAACUAGGUCGAUAUGUUUCAUCUAUAUUCAUUUGUUUUGCGAUCAUUCAUAGCAUUCUACUUGGCUCUUCUUAUGAUAUUCAACCAACACUGGGAUGUGUCUUAUCGAAUUAUGUAUGGAUUCAGUAUUCAACAUUUUUCUUUUAUCCGAUUUUAAUUGGUUUCCUGCCUAUUAUAAUUGCAUCAUCAUUUAGUAUCUUAGCUUAUCAUAAUGUUCGCCAUAUAGUCCGACGACAAUUACCAAUUGUACGUCGUAAAUUAGACAAACAAAUAACAGCAAUGGUUCUUACACGUGUAAUAGCUUUUGUUUGUUUGACACUACCUUAUAAUGCUUAUCGUAUCUAUGCCAUUAAUUUUCCUAUAUCACAAAGUAUGCCUAUGGCAUAUGCAAUUGGUCGAUUAAUUCAAGUAAUUUUUUCUUCUAUCUACAUUAUAAAUUAUAUAGUAAGUCUUUCCAUUAAUCAACCAAAAUUAUGUCCAUCGGUAACAUGGAACUCUAACGCGAUAACAUUUACUAAUAGUAAUACAAUUGGCCGACAACCCUAUAGCAUUUCCAUUGAUAUCAAUAAUACUAUUUAUAUAGCAGAAGGAAAUGGUAGUCGUGUUCAAGUCUGGCUAGAAGGUAAUGCAACUCCAAUAAGAAGGAUUUCUAAUAGUUUGAUUACACCACAAGCUGUUUUUCCUUCGAUAAAUGGUGAUAUUUAUGUUGAUAAUGGUAAGUUUAAUGGUCAAGUAGAUAAAUGGACAUUAAAUACAAUAAAUGGUAUUACAGUCAUGAAUAUUACUGAUGCUUGUUAUGGUCUCUUUAUCGAUAUCAACAAUUAUCUUUAUUGUUCCAUCGAUGCAACUAAUAACGUGAUUAAACAAUCACUUGAGAAUGGUACGCUGACUAUUGCUGCAGGUACUAGUAUUGGCGGAAAUAAUGCAAAUUAG